GGAACACAUUGAGAGUUACAAUCGCUACAAUGGCCAAAAGCGACGGUGGCGAUUAUUUCAGAAGGGCGAGUCUUUUUUGGAUAAUUACAGUGACGCUUUCGAUGGGAUACUUCACAUGGACAGUCUUCUGGCCACAGCAUGUCCCCUAUGACAACCUGGGUCCCCUUGGUACCCUGUCCAAAUACCUGGUGGACAAUCACCAUGCUCUCAUGUACAAAGGAUGGUGGGCAGCCUGGGUCGUCCAUGUGGGUGAAGCCCUUGUUGCCAUGAAGGUCUGCAGUGACAAAGGGGUUGACAGCACAAUGGCACGUUGCCUUUGGUUCAUCCAGACGGUGUUGUUUGGCUUUGCCUCUCUUGGCCUGCUUCUGAAAUACAAGCGCGAUCACAGGCCCAAACAACACUGAUGCCGUUAGAAUGAACCAGCGGCAGAACACCACACCACCGUAUCCUAGGAAAAGAAUUGUGUGCCAGCUGCAUGCUGUGAACUUUGACCCCAAAACUCUUAUCAGUUGAAGAAAAAGAUGGGUUUUUGUGAUUCCAGAAUGUUUCCAGCAUUUAAAGAGGGCUGUAGGUAAAAUAAUUAAAAACAAAUUGUUGAUCCUAAGAAGGACAUUCUUCUCAAACCGUAGCUAGUGUAAUGCCUACGCCUCCCACGCAACAUUCCUUACCAUUUAUUUUUAUCCAGGGCAUUUUUUUAGGAAAUAAUGUUUUUUACAAGUUGGAGAACAAUGUUAUGGCAAUGGGAUUUUUUAUUUUGAUCACCCAUUUGAAUUACUGUUUACAUUUCCUUUCACUACAUUAGAUUAGAUAAUCCUUUUGCCUUUAAGCAUUAACAUGUUUGGAAUUUAUCCACAAAUCUAAUCUAUUAAUAUAGAUUAGGGAUAAAAUGACAGACGAAGAGCAAAGUUGUACAUUUUUUUACAAUAAAGAGUGAUUAAUAAAUU